AUGGUAGCAAGUUGUGUCGCAUAUGGAUGUAAGAACCUUCACAGGGCUAAGGAACCCCUCACAUUUCACUCGUUUCCUUUUAAACGUCCUGAAAUAUUAGAAUUGUGGGUCAAAGCCAUUAAAAGAGAAAACUGGCGACCGACAAAAUCGAGUAGGAUAUGUGGUGCCCAUUUUUUAAAAACAGAUUUUUUCUGUCUUCCCAAUACUAAAAGAAUACUUUUGAACUUGGAUGCUGUACCCAGCGUUUUUGAUGUAUCUGCAAGUCAAGCUAGGAAAUGUAAAAAACAUGCACGUGACAGUGGACAUUCUGAAGAAUCAAUAGAAAAUAUUGAUGAUAAUGAAAAACCUGAAGAAGAACGAGGACAAGAUAUUAUUUCAAUUAACCAAAUAAAUGAAGCGGUUGCUAACCAAUUAGGCAGACAUGAUGAUAUAGAAAUAGAGCACGACAAUGAAAUUUCAAAUGGUAUGGAAAUGGAAGUCAUACAAGAAUGCAAUUGUGAUAAUAAAGGUCCAGAAAGUUCUCCCAAAACGCAGACUGAUAGUGGUACUGAAGAACAAAUGGAUGAAAAUUGGAUAUUCGAAAUACCUUCGACAUCUACCAACAAAUUGUCUAUAAAUGCUCUCAAGACGUUUGCAGAGGUUGCAGUUCAAACUAAAGAAAAUGGAAAUGGUACUGUAGAAAAAUUAAGGAAACAAAUUAAACAGUUACGCCAAAUAAUUAGGAGAAAAGAUGUGAAAAUUGCUUGUUUGGAGGAAGUGAUCAAAGAGCUUUGUGAGACUGCCUAUGAGAAAAUUUAA